CGGCCGCUUCCCCUCAGAGGUAGCCGGCAACCGGGGCCGGUAAAGAGAAGCGGGGCCGGGGGCGGGGCGUCUUCGGCAGUUUUCGAGUUUUCAUGUCUGACGCUGGGAUGACUGUAUCCGAGAUGGGGAGGAGCAGCGCCCGUGUAUGGUAACCCGGACAGCUCGUGUUCCAGACCAUGGACUCACUGAGACACCCAGAGGUGUGAAAAUGUCGAGUGGUAACCGAGCCCUCGUGGUAGACUUUAUUUCCUACAAGCUGUCGCAGAGGGGCCACAGCUGGAGCGAGAUCGAGGGAGACGGCGAGAACAGAACAGAGCUGGCCGGCGAGAUGGGGGGCGUCCUCAACGGGAGCCCCUCUUGGCACCCCAGUCCCAGCCCCGUCGUAAACGGGGCCGCGGGCCACGCAAGCCACCUCGAAGGUCCGGAAGAGGGCCCCCAGUCAGACGUGAGGCAAACGCUGCGGGAGGCUGGGGACGAGUUUGAACUGAGGUACCGACGGGCCUUUAGCGAUCUCACUUCCCAGCUCCACAUCACCCCUGGCACCGCGUACCAGAGCUUUGAGCAGGUGGUGAACGAACUCUUCCGGGAUGGGGUGAACUGGGGGCGGAUUGUGGCGUUUUUUUCCUUCGGCGGGGCCCUGUGCGUGGAGAGCGUUGACAAGGAAAUGCGAGGAUUGGUGGAGCGGAUCGCCACCUGGAUGGCUACUUACCUGACUGACCAUCUGGACCCCUGGAUCCAAGAUAACGGAGGCUGGGAGCGCUUUGUGGACCUCUACGGGAAUGACGCGGCCGCCAAGAGCCGGAAAGGCCAGGAGCGCUUCAACAAGUGGCUCUGGACGGGGGCGACCGUGGCCGGCGUGGUCCUCCUCGGCUCCCUGCUGAGCCGCAAAUAGCUAGAGACUGCCCACCUGCCCGUCUCGACCAGCCGGCCCUGCUCCAGCACUCUGACCUCGGCCUUGUAAUCAUUCCAGGGGGUGGGGAGGAGGGGUCUGCAGUGCCAGUCCCCACUCCGACCCCAGGCUCACCCCCCUCCACGCAACUCACAGACCUCUUUCUGGUGCCUCCUGCCCCCUCCCCCCAAGGCCUACAGUCCCUGGUCGAGGGACCGCUUCCCAGACCCCGCGCACACACCUCGGAGGGGGCGGCCUCUGAUCCUCCCGUGUCCCCAGGAGGCUCCUCUGCUCGACUUCACGGCAAGGAGUCGCUGCAGUUGCAGUGGUGGUGAAAGCCGCUCCCUGCCCUGCUCUCCCACAGGCCAAGCCCUUGGGGGGGUUGCUUUGGGGAGGGGAGGGGAGGGGCUGCCGCCCAAGGCUUUGGCAAGGGAGGAAAUGCCUCGCAGGCACCCCUCGCAUGGCUUCCCCCAACUCACCGUUAACCUCAGACUUUCCUUAUGCAUCUCCCUGUGGGGAGCACCGCAACUCGGAAACACACUGACAACUACGCAGCCCGUGGGCGUGAAUCCGGUGAUUGUAGGGGAUAGGGGCUCCUUCCAGGGGGCAGCACUUCACUAGGAGGAGAGGAAGAGGCAGGCGCCCCGUGCCUUGCAAAGCCUGUGCCCCGACUUCCUCUGCCCCAGAGCCCACCCUACCGGGUCCUGGCCGUGGCAGGGCGAUUUGCUGACGCCCGGCUUGCUGUCUGCCCACGGGGGCCGGGGCUGCCCCUUCCAGCGCUGCGUCGGCGGCCGUGGCCUUGGCUUGCUAAGGACUCUCCGUGCCAGUGUGGGGGGAGCCCCAGGAUGGCCAGUGGGAAAGAGGCGCCAGCUUCCAGUUUUCUUGGGAGGCCCGAGGAGCCUGCUGAGCCUCCCUGGCUCUGCCCAUCUGGCCCCCGCGUGUGUGCCUGCAGUUGUGUGUCCUUGUUGGCCAGGAAUGGUGGCUGGACCAGUUGCCGUUUCCCUCAGUGGCAGCCCCGGAACGGCCACGGGCCAGUCCCCUUGAGGCAGACCCUCAAGCCCAUUUGCCCUGGGGGGGGAUCCUGAAUUCCCUGCCCCAGCGCUGGUGUUAUCUGGGAUGUGGCGGUGGUUCCCCUCCCUGACAGGCUGCGGAAAAGAGCAGGCGCAUGGCAGGCUGUGGGGGGGUGGGGAUGGGGGUCAGCUGUGCUGUGUUAUCUGGAGCAGCCUCUGGAAGGUGUUUACCGUCAGCUGCUAAUUGCAGUGUUGGCCCUCUGGGGACCCUCCCUGGCAUUUGCCCAAGGAACUUCCAGGAAGAGCAGACCUCGGCGGUCCCUGCAAGGGGGGAAGAGGGGCUCCCUGUGCUGGGGAGAAAGGAGUGGGGCAGGAACGGGCAGGUCUGUGGUUUCUGAGGCUCUGCGGAGGAAGCCGGGGGUCAGAAGCUACUUUCUUGGCAGUCGGGGGGAGGACUAUACUUUGGGGUUUUCUUGCAAGUGUUAGAUCGUGGACAGAGUUGUGGGAUCUGAGGAUGUGGGAGGGGGCGGCAUAUCAGGUCUGUUGGAGUGAAGGGAUAGUAGAGGAGACGUGUGGAGAGGGAAGGUUGCCAGGGUAGGGCAGAGGAACCAGCCUCCAAGCCGUGGGCAGAGCUGGAAGCGUGAGGAAGAGGCAGCGUCUGCGUCUCCCUUGGUCUCUGCAGCAGCCAAGGGCAUGGGGCAUUGUUGGGGAGAGGGCAGCCAGGUCUGUGUCUAGGGGGGGCUCCAGUCCAGCUUUCCUCAGCAAGGGGCCCCAUUCCACCCCCUGCAAAUUCAGAUGACCCCCUUCCCCGGCCCAGCCCCCCCCCCCACAGAAAGACCAGGGAGUCCUUGCAGCUUGCCUGCCCCUUCCUGAAGAUAUACAAGAUCAGCUGUAUAUAUUGAAGAGUAGUUUUUAUUCAGUUGUGAAUACAAUAAUACUAUUUUUGUUAACUGUAUGUCUGUAUUUAUGUGUUUUGGCUGUGCUCUCCCUCUCCAGCCCUGCGCCCCCCUAAUCCCCCUCUUGUGACCCAGCCCAAGCAAUGGCAAAGGCAGCCUGACGGGGACCCAGCCCAGAGGGGGCCCAGCUCGCCCCCGCCAGUCCUUGGGGCCCAAGCUUGGAUGUUGCGCCUUGAGUUUGCCCGCCCUCCCUUUGUGUUCAGGCUCACACAAGCCCAUUAUUAGAGAAGAGAAAAGAAGGUGGAUUUGAAGGUGGAAGUUCGAUCCUUAAUAAAACUGUGGUGUUUGAGCGGU